AUGGCCUUCGUCAUUGAUAAGGAUUCAAAAAAUUUCCACAUAGAAGCAGCAUAGCCAGAAUUAGAAAGGUAUUAAAGAACAGAAAAAAUAGGUGAAGGUACUUAUGGUAUCGUAUAUAAAGCAAUCGAUAUGCAAACAAAUGACAUUAUUGCAUUAAAGAAAAUUCGUUUAGAACAUGAAGAUGAAGGUGUUCCUUCAACAGCUAUUAGAGAGAUUUCCCUUCUCAAAGAAAUCGAUCACCCUAAUGUUAUUAAAUUAAGAGAUCUUGUUUAUGGUGAAAAUAAGCUUUAUUUAAUAUUUGACUACCUCGAUCACGAUCUUAAGAAGUAUUUAGAAUUGAAUGGAGGUCCUUUACCUCCUGCUGUAGUUAAGGACUAUCUUUUCUAAUUAAUACUAGGUAUAGCUGUUUGCCAUGCUAACAGAAUCGUUCAUAGAGAUUUAAAACCUCAAAAUAUCCUUAUUAACAAGAAAGGUAGCGUUUAAUUGGCUGACUUUGGUUUAGCUAGAGCUUUUGGUCUUCCUUUGAAGACAUACACUCACGAAGUUGUUACACUUUGGUACAGACCUCCUGAAAUUCUGCUCGGAUAAAAGUAAUAUUCAACUCCUGUUGAUAUUUGGUCAAUAGGAUGUAUCUUCUCUGAGAUGGCUUAGAAGAUUCCUCUGUUCAUUGGUGACUCUGAAAUCGAUUAAAUAUUUAAGAUAUUUAGAAUUAUGGGUACACCUUCUGAAAGCACAUGGCCAGGUGUUACUUAACUUCCAGACUUUAAAAAUACUUUCCCUAGAUGGAACCCAAUACCUCUUUAAAAGCAAUGUCCUAAUAUCUGCCCAAAGGGCAUUGAUUUGCUGACCAAAAUGCUUCAAUUAGAUCCCACUAAAAGAAUCACUGCUGAAGAAGCUUUAGACCACCCCUACUUCGAUGAUUUAGAUAAAUCAAACUACAAGUUGCUAGAUUGA